AUGCCCGCACUGAGACGACCUGCGAUCGGCAUUGACUUGGGCACCACAAAGUCCUGCGUUGGUCUCUUCCAGGAUGGCAAGGUGGAAAUCAUUAGCAACAAGCAGGGCCUUCGCACCACCCCUAGCUGCGUGGCCUUCACCGAGACAGGGCGGCUGAUGGGUGAAGAAGCCAAGAACCAGGCAGCCCUCAACUCCCCCAACACAGUGUUCAGUGCCAAGCGCUUGCUUGGCCAGGCAUACGAAGACGCAGCUGUGCUGAAGGACACAGACUUCUGGCCCUUCCAGGUGGUGAAAGCUGAGGGGAAUUCACAAGUGCAGGUGUCCUACAAGGGAGCAGAGAAGUCCUUCUUCCCCGAGGAGAUCUUAGCCAUGAUUCUGGGUAACCUGAAGGAGAUGGCUGAGGACUACCUGGGACAACCUGUCACUCAUGCGAUCGUCACUGUGCCAGCUUACUUCAACGACUCCCAGCGCCAAGCCACUAGAGAUGCCGGGGUAAUUGCUGGCAUCAGUGUGCUGAGGAUCCUCAAUGAGACAACGGCAGCAGCCCUGGCCUACAGCCUCCAUCACCCCGACAACAGAGAGCGCAAUGUCCUCAUCUUUGAUAUGGGUGGGGGGGGCGUCAAUGUCUCGGUCUUCACUAUAGACAGGGGGAUUGUGGAGGUGAAAGCCACAGCUGGGGACAGUCACCUGGGAGGUGAUGAUUUUGACAACUGUUUGGUGAGCUUCUUCAUGGAUGAAUUUUUAAAGAAGCAUCGCGAGAACAUCAGCCAGGACAGACGUGCUGUUUGGAGGCUCAGGACAGCCUGUGAGGCGGUCAAACAGACCCUCUCCUCCAGCAAGAAAGCCACCAUCAGUGUGGACUGCCUCUACAAAGGGAUCAACUUGCAGGCAGACAUCACGCGAGCCCAGUUUGAGCACCUGUGCGCCAACCUCUUCCAAAGGGUGCUGGAGCUGCUGGAGAGGGUCCUCCAGGAUGCCAAGCUGAGCCAGACCCAGAUAGAUGAUGUAGUUGUGGUUGGUGCCUCCACUCGCAUCCCCAGGAUGCUGCAGAUCCAGUGCCUGAAUGCAGAUGAAGCUGUGGCCAGCGGGGCAGCCAUUCAGGCUGCCAUCCUGAUGGAGGGCAGAUCAGAGGUGGCCAGAAACCUGCUUGCUCUCGACAUAGCGUCUGUGUCAAUGGGAAUUGAAACAGCCGCCGGGAGGAUGCAUGGGCUGGUCAAGCGCAACACCGCCAUCCCCACUGUGGUGACGCGGAUCUUCACCACCUUCCAUGACCACCAACCUGAUCUCCUCAUCUGCGCUUAUGAGGGGGAGAGGGCCAUCGCUAAAGAAAACCAUCUGCUGGGCCAUUUCCUCUUGAAGGGCCUUUCCCCAGCACCUCGUGGCACGACCUUGUUGGAGGUGACAUUUUACAUCGACGCGGACGGCAUCCUGAGCGUCUUCGCCCUGGACAAGGUCACGGGAAACACAAACCCAAUCGCCGUGAAUGCCAAAAAGGGACGACUGAGCAAGGAGGAGAUCCUGAGGUUAGCAGAGGACCAUGAGAAAUAUCGAGCAGAGGACAGGGCCCAGAAGUGGAAGCUGGCCACCAAGAACUACCUCCAGUCCUGUGCUUUCAGCAUGAAGCGGACCUCAGAAGACAUCUUGAACUACUUCACACUGCAGGCCAAGAAGAAGAUGGUAGAAAAAUGCCAGCAGGCCUUUUCCUGGUUGAGUCCAGCUGCAUGGCUGAAGAGGAGGCGGUCAGGAGCAAUAAAAAUGGUCUCCGGGGACUCCAUGCGAGGGUUUAAAUCCCUCAAAAACAACACAACAGGUAUCAACAAGAAAAGAUCAAAGCUGGUCAUCACCACCUGUAGCUGGACCUUGCAGCUCACCCAGACCACCACCAUCAUCGACCCCUAG